GCAAAAUUCAAUGUUCCAAGGUAGUGUUAGCUGUUCCACAAGUGUCUUAUAUAGACUGUGAUGUAUUUUUAGCUACACUACUUUUCUUCCCGGACCCUCUCGGAACAAGAUGCCUGGUGUCACAGUGAAAGACGUGAAUCAGCAGGACUUCGUCAUAGCCCUGUCUGCUUUUCUCAAGAAGUCUGGGAAGCUGAAGGUGCUGGGCUGGGUGGACAUCAUGAAGCUGGCCAAACACAAGGAGCUGGCUCCCUCCGAUGAAAACUGGUACGACACCAGAGCCUCCUCCAUGGUGCGGCACCUGUACCUCCGUGGCGGUGCUGGCGUGGGCUUCAUGACUAAGAUCUACGGGGGGCGCCAGCGGAAUGGCGUGUACCACAGUCACUUCAGCUGUGGCUCCAAGAGCAUGGCCUGCAGGAUGCUGCAGUCCCUGGAGGUCCUCAAGAUGGUUGAGAAGGACCCCAACUGUGGUAGCAGACUGACCCCUCAGGGACAGAGAGAUUUGGAUAGAAUCAUUGGACGGGUAUCAACUGCACAAAAGAAACUUUAAGAUCUGCAAAUAACAUCUGGAGAAAGAAAAAACUGUUCACAAAAAAAACAACCACUGCUACUA